ACGCAGCGCGGAGCAGCCAAAAGGCCACUGAUAAAGUCAAGCGACCAGCAAAGCAGUUCAAGGAGCCAUAAGGAUAAUGCGUAGCUGGUUUUUAUUCGGAUUAUAUGCGCUGCUAAUCGCCGCAACAGUUGGCCAACCGCUGCACCAAAAUGAGCCCGAAAAAACCGAGGACUCGGGCUCUGAGCGGGGCGAGCGAGUGAGUCGCCAAAUUGGCUAUCCGUUUGUGGGUGGCUACGGCGGAGGAUACAGCGGAUAUGGAGGUAUCGGCAGCUAUGGAGGCUAUGGAGGAUAUGGAGGAUAUGGAGGAUACGGAGGAUACGGUGGCAUCGGAGGUUACGGAGGCAUUGGAGGCUAUGGCAUACGCUCAGCGUAUUAUCCUUAUGGUUCCAGUGGCCUGGGAGGACUGGCGGGCGGAUAUUACGGUCGUCCUUAUGGUUAUGGCUAUGGCAGUGGCUAUAAUAUUGGAUAUCCGGCCAUUGGUGGCUUUGGAGCCACCGCCGGCAGCAUUUACGGCGCUUCUCCAUUUUCCCCGUUAGUUUAAGUGGCUUA